GAGAGCGAGGCGGAGGAAAGACGGAGUGGAUAUCCGUGUGUGUGUGUGGGAAGGGCUCUGUCUGCCUGCUGAUUUGUCCUGCAAAAAAAAGCAAACAGGAAGAGAUUUUUUCUUCUAAAAAAAACCCAAACACGACCAGAUUGUCAGUUUCUGCGACAUAAAUAACACCAGCACCAUGCCCGGGAUUGACAAACUGCCGAUAGAAGAAGCACUAGAGGACAGUCCUCAGACUCGCUCCCUGCUAAGUGUGUUUGAGGAAGACACAUGUGCCAUAUCCAGCUACUACCAUCAGCUCUUCAAGGCCAUGCAAAGGAUCUACGAUGCACAGAACGAACUGAGUGCCGCGACACACCUGACCUCCAAGAUACUAAGGGAGUAUGAAAAACAGCGUUUCCCACUCGGUGGUGACGACGAGGUCAUGAGCUCCACUCUGCAGCAGUUUUCCAAAGUCAUCGACGAGCUCAGUUCCUGUCAUGCCGUCUUGUCCACUCAGCUCGCAGACGCCAUGAUGUUCCCCAUCACUCAGUUCAAAGAGAGGGACUUAAAAGAAAUACUCACUCUGAAGGAAGUGUUUCAAAUAUCCAGCGAUGAUCUCGACACAGCCAUCAACAGAUACAGCCGACUGUCUAAAAAGAAAGAGAACGAGAGGGUGAAGGCUGAAGUGAUUGAAGAUGUUUACACGUCAAGGAAAAAGCAGCACCAGACCACGAUGCACUACUUUUCAGCACUUAACACGCUACAGUAUAAGAAAAGGAUUGCCUUGUUGGAACCCCUGCUGGGGUACAUGCAGGCACAGAUCAGUUUCUUCAAGCUUGGAUCUGAGAAUCUCACACAGCAAUGGGAAGACUUUCUUACAAACAUUGGAGCCAGUGUACAAAAUGUACGCAGGGAGAUGGAUAGUGAGGUGGAUGUAAUGCAGCAGACCAUCCAGGAUCUGGAGCAGACCAGCGAUCUGCUGUACGUGCCUGAACCUGACCCAAAUAAAAUUCCAAUUAACCGCAACCUGACCCGCAAAGCCGGAUACCUCAACAUUCGCAAUAAAACCGGGCUCGUGUCAUCCACCUGGGAGAGGCAGUAUUUCUUCACGCAAGGGGGGAAUCUCAUGAGUCAGUCUCGAGGAGACGUGGCUGGAGGGCUGGUCAUGGACAUCGACAACUGUUCCGUCAUGGCAGUGGACUGCGAGGAUCGGCGAUUCUGCUUCCAAAUUUCUUCCUUUGAUGGCAGAAAGACUGCAAUUUUACAAGCAGAUAACAGAAAGGAUUGUGAAGAGUGGAUUGCGACAAUAAAUAACAUCUCAAAGAGGAUAUAUCUCAGUGAGAAGCCUGAGGAAACUGCUGCCAGAGUCAACCAGUCAGCUUUAGAGGCUGUGACUCCGUCGCCUUCAUUCCAGCAGCGACAUGAGAGUUUUAGACCCAGCACUCAGGGCCGACCCCGAGCAGCACGGACCGGCAGCCAGAGCUCAGCAGGCUCAGAGUCACCAGCUCUGUCCUCACUGUCUCUGGACUCCCUGGUGGCUCCAGACACCCCCAUCCAGUUUGAUAUCAUUUCUCCAGUUACUGAAGAGAGCACACCACAGGCUAAAGGUGGUGCCCAGGGCAGAAGGACAAACCCAUUUGGAGAGUCUGGAGAAGUACAGCCUAUAGACAGUGAAGACUCUAUCCUGCACCAGCUCUUCAUUGUGCGUUUCCUGGGAUCCAUGGAAGUGAAGGCCACAGAGAACCCAGAUGUCAUCUACGAGACAAUGAGGCAGAUCCUGGCAGCACGAGCCAUCCACAACAUCUUCAGAAUGACCGAGUCUCAUCUGCUUGUCACCUGUGACUGUCUGAAGCUCAUUGACCCUCAAACACAAGUCACGAGGUUAAGGUUCCCACUGUCCAGUGUAGUUAUGUGCGCAUCUCAUCAAGAGAACAAGCGCCUGUUCGGCUUCGUGUUGCAUACGGCUGGCGGGCGAGUCGACGGACGUCCCGUCACCGCCUGCUACAUCUUCGAGUCUAAUAAUGAUGGAGAGAAGAUCUGUGAUAGCGUGGGACUGGCGAAACAGAUCGCCCUUCAUUCAGAAAUGGAUCGCAAAGCCAAUCAGAAACAGAGAGAGGUGGAAAAAAAAAAGGAGAAGCAACAGGAAGAGCUGUCUAAACAGAAACAGAUUGAAAAGGACCUGGAGGAACAAAGCCGUCUGAUAGCUGCCUCGGGUCGCCCAAACCCACCAACCACCGACGGUCAGGUCCUCGUCCUCAACAAAAGCCAUUCGGACGACAGCGAUGUCGGGGACGAAGGACGAAAAAGAGGCGAAUCUGACGCUUGAGAGAAAAGAGCAUGAAGAGAAAGUUGACCUCUGUGCAGACUCGACUUUUCACCAGAAGGGUUUAAUCGCAACGGCAUUUCCUUUAGACGUUCUGAUUUACUUAACAACUUUUUUUUCCAAAAUGACUGCAGAAUAUAAGAAAAGACGCAUAAAUACAGAGAAGAGUCAAUUUAUGAAUAGGUGGAUUGGGAGUUUUAUUUGUAUCGAAUCUUGUAUUUUGUACCUUUUCCAUUACUUGUAUCGACAACACCUUUUUAGAUGUUUUUGGUGUGUGUGUGUGUGUGUGUGUGUGUGUGUGUGUGUGUGUGUGUGUGUGUGUGUGUGUAAGAAAGUUGGUGCACUACUGAAUACUUCUGUAUAGUAUUGUAUGGAUGAAUGGGGUUUAUUAUUUGGGAAGAAAUUGCACAUGUGAAUGGCACAUGUUUCAGAAGGACUUUUAAUAAUAGUGUAUAUUUGACUUUAUGCUCUAACCUGCAUGCAUGGACUUCAGCUCGUGUCAUAUUUACAUCAUUAGCUCAAUUGUAUCGAUGGUGAAUCGAACCAGAGUGUUCCCGUGGUGAAUUCUGUAAGAUGUGCUUCGCAGUUGGUCAGCCAUGUAAUGAAUGCUUUCUGGAUGUGUUCACUUUUUUUUUUUUUAACCCUCACCCUUUAAGUACAAAUUCACUAUUAAGUAUAAUAAUAUGCAUAUUAUUAUCAUAUUUAAGUUCUUUAGGUACAAAAUCCUGGAAGAUUAUGGAGAAAGUAUUUUUUAUGGCUAUGUUUACAAUUGUACAAGGUUGUUUUAAACUUUUCUUGUACACCAGUUCAAUACAUGCCAAUUCAUUUUAUAUAAGUAUACACACAAUUUUCACAAGUGGUUUGGUUUCUCUUGCUUUUCAUAACCAUGCUUUGUUAUUAACCUAUUGUAAUAAUAAUGUAAAUGUACUUAAGCACCAUGUCUGUUAAAUCUUAAGCCAUC